AUAAUAGAUACCAAAGUUGUAUAGCAAGGGAGAGGAGUGAGGGAAUUAAAUGUUACUGAGGCAACCUGCAAACGAGAUGGCGAGGAUGUGCUAGCAUACCACUGACCGGGCUGGCAGGCAUUCCCUAUUCAUCUAAUCUUUUUCUCAGUCACAGAGCGGCAGCAUGUCGUCCACCAGCCAGAAGCACCGUAACUUUGUGGCUGAGCCCAUGGGGGAGAAGGAAGUGACGGAGCUGGCCGGCAUCGGACCUGUGCUGGGUCAGCGACUCUCCAGCAAAGGCUUCGAUAAGGCCCAUGUUGUGCUGGGUCAGUUCCUGGUCCUGAAGAAGAACAAGGAACUCUUCAUUGACUGGCUGAAGGACACAGCCAACGCCAACUCCAAGCAGGCUGCAGACUGUCACCAGUGCCUAGCAGACUGGUGUGAAGAGUUCUUAUAAACCCAGGCCUCUGCAUCCCCUCCCUUCCUCCCUUUCCUUCCCCUUUUCUUGCAUUUUGGCCAACCUUAGGCUUCACCAAUUAAAGGACUAUCUAGAAGAAUGGUACUUUAUUUUUAAGAUUAUUUUAAGAAUUCACGACUUUCAUGCAUGCCUUUACCAUUUAUUUUGUUGUAUGACAUUGUUUGCUUGUGGGUUGAACAUGCAUAACAUUAGUAGUGUGGGAAAACAACUUUUUUUCUUAAGUUUACAAGUUAGAAAAUAAUUACUUAUACUGAGUAAAGAUAGCGUUUUGUCAGAGUUCUUGUCAUUUUUGCUUUGUGUAUUAUUCCUUGCACCUUGCCUUCUUUGAAUACCUUGUAUAAUUGUUUCAUGAAAUGGAAGCCAGUAGUGAGCUUUAAUUUACUUUGCAAUUGUGUUCCAGUGCUGUUCAAUGUGUUCUUUAUUGUAAUAAAAUUGGCAUUUUAAA